AUGUCUGCAUCACAGGAGAAGCAGGCUGGGGACCUGUCUCUCCCUGUCUCAGACCGAUUCAGUUUCUUCUCCUCCAGAAACCAGCAGACAUACACCUCUUCCACCUGGGAAGGAAUCUUCCCACAUGGCCAACUGGAUGAUGAGGUGAUCCAGGAGAAACUCAAGUCCCGACCUGAGCCCUCGUACCCAGUCUUCUGGUUCGACAUCCUGGACGCAAACGAAGAUGAUGUCAAUCUUGUCGCUCAGGCACUCGCCAUUCAUCCACUCACUACCGAGGAUAUCACUCUCCAGGAACCACGUGAGAAAGUCGAUGUGUUCAAGAACUACUACUUGAUUUCAUUCAAGACCCUCCUUCAACCUUCUCCUGGUACUGGUGACCACGAACGACCUGGUAUUCCUUCUUCAGCAUCGAUGUACAUUCUUGUCUUCCAAUAUGGUGUCGUGACCUUCUCACCGAGUGGUUGUAACCAUGUAAACCGUGUUCGCGACCGUAUUCGGAAAAUGCACGAUGUGGUCUUAUCAAGUGACUGGAUCUGCUAUGCCCUCAUUGAUGAUAUCGUCGACAGUUUCCAACCAAUUUGCGAUGCAGCCGCAAGCGAAGCAGAAGCAAUCGAAGAUCAAGUUUUCAUUGCACGCAUCGACGACGUCCAACAACUUAUCCCUCGCAUCGAUGCCCUACGCAAGAAAAUCACUCACACUGUUCGAUACCUCCAUAACAAGGUUGACGUGUUAAACGGUCUGGUGAAACGCUGCCAGGCAACGGAUGAUAGUCCCCCUGUUUUCCCUGAUGGUGAACUCAUCCUGUACCUGAGUGAUGUUCAAGAUCACUUGGUUACUACGCUAUCCAUUUUGACCAAUAUCGAUGAGAUGAUCGCUCGCUCUCAGGUGAAUUGUCUGGCGCAGCUCAGUGCGACGAAUCUGCGGAUUAGCUUUAGUGUUAACUCCGUAGUUAGCAAGGUUACUAUCUUGGCGACUAUUUUCGUUCCUUGUCAUCUGGUUACGGGCAUGUUCGGUAUGAAUGUUAUUGUUCCUGGUCAGGAUGCUGGUGGUUUGACUUGGUUCUUUGGCAUUCUCGGGGCUUUUGUCGGGUUUAUGGUGAUCAGUAUGGCUGUGGCCGCGAAGUACAAGCUUUUGUGA